AUGAUGGUUUUAAGCCUUAUCAUGCAUUCAAGAAAGAGAAGGAGGGAGGAAGAGGAGGAAGAAGAGGAAGAGGAGGCAGUUCUAAAGAGCGACCCUGUGGAGACCUUGACAGACGGCCUCCGCGGCCUGUAUCCAGCUUUCUCCUCGGUGACCAAGCUUCAUGCCUGCGAAUCUCUACACGAACACCACACAGUCAACGCGCUACGACGCCGAGACGACGCAAAGUUGCCCUCUGACUGUUCUCGAUGGAAUAGCAGAGGCUUUAUUCUCGUUGUCGAUCGCUAUCAAAUACAAAUAUCACGUUGA